AUGAAGAAUUUUGUCAAGAUUCAGAGCCUUCUGAGGUUCGAUGAAGUACGAAGUUCACUUUCGGAAGGAACCAAGGUUUGAAAAUAAAAUUCUCGUUAAACUGCAAGCGAGAACGAUCGCACGAUAGAUUGAGAACCACCACGAUCUCGCAGCAUAUCCCGGUAUUGCACCAUUGCACCAUGGACUGCAGUGUGCAAAAGCACUUCCCCCACCUGGUAUCGAUAGCCGUGCAGAGAGCACGUGCCAUCAGCUGUCUCCGCUGGACCACAGCUGAAGCGGAGGAGGUGUGCGAGCACAAUGAAAUGGAACCACGCAUGUAG